AUGGCCGGCAACGCGCUCGGACAACUGCCCAUCCUCCCGCGCAUCCACGUGCGUCUCUGCUUCCCCCAGGGCUACAUCGACCUGGCGCAGGUGGCGGCCGUGCACGUAGAGGUGCCGCUCGCGCUGGUCGAGGACAUGACGAACCAAGAGUUCCACGGCAACGAGACGCUGACCGAGCUGCAGGACAAGACGGGCCCGGCCAUGUUCCACAUCCACGACACCGUGGUGGCGGCCCUGUCGGCCAGGACCGACUCCCGAUGGAUGCCCGACUUCACCCCCUUCAAGCUCCUCCGCGUCAAGGACACCUGGCAACACCUCGGCAUCGGCUUCACCAUCGAGCAGCACAGCACGGCCGUCAGGAAGGAUCUGGUGGUCGACGUGAUAUGCCCGUCUGACUUGACCCCGGACAGGACCAUGUACUGCGACGUUCUCCCGUUUAAGCCCCCUCGACUCUCCAUCGAGUAA